AAAGAAAAUAAUCUUUUUUUCGUACAUUACAGACGAAGAGAAAAUAGAUAGUGAAACGAAAUGGGAAACAGAAAGGUUUUGUUGUUGUUUGUGAUAUUGUUUGCAGUGUGUGUGGGGAUUUGCAGGUGUUGGGGUGAAGAUGCCAAAGCCAAAGCGGAAGAAGCUGUCAAUGAUGCUCGUAACACCUUCUCCGAAGGUUUGGGGUCCCAAAAUGAUAAUGUAAGACAAGCCACUCAAAACGCGAAGUACAAAGCUGAAGAUGCUGCCUCAAGGGCAACAGAGACAAUGAAGUCUGCAGCAUCAGGAGCUUCAGAUUAUGCUUCUCAAAAAGCUACUGACGCUCGGGAAGCAGUUUCAGAAGCCGUAUCAUAUGGAAGGGAAAAAGCCUCCAAGGCUUAUGAUGAUUCUGAUGAGGUCAUCAGAAUGCCAACAGACAAGAAUAAGAUCAAUGAUGCAAAAGACAUGGUGGGAGACACCUAUGAGGAUGCUAAACAAAAAAUGUACAUGGCUUCAGAUAAAGCUUCAACCAUGGCUCGCAACGCCAAAGACAACAUGGCAGAGAAAGCAUCCAAUGUCUAUGAGCAGGGGAAGGAGAAAAUAAACACGGCUUCAGAUAUGGCUUCGGAGAAAUUCCACGAUGCUAAUGAUUGCGCUCAGGGGAGGAUGAAGAGCGCUCCGCCAAAAAUUCAAAGCGUGAAAAGCAAAGGGAAAAGAAUAGUGGAUUAUGGAAGAGAUAAGGCCUUUGCUGCUUAUGAUGAAACCAAGGAGCGGGUGAAUGAUGCAAAAGAUAAGAUGGGUGAGGCAAUGGGAUUAGAUAGAGACAAAAUUGCAGAAACUUUUGAGCAAGCUAAAGAUGAAGUGGGUGAGAGAUACAUGUCUGCAAAGAAUACAAUGAGUGAAGAGGCCAAGGCUAGGUAUGAGGCUGCAAAGGAGAAGGCUUCUGAAGCCACAGGAGAAUUUGGAGAAAUGUUGAGGAACACCCCAGAACUAGAACUAUAAGGAUAUAUGGUCAGUAUCUUUCACUUGUUAGCUGAAACAACCUCACUAGUUCACUUUAGUUAGAUUUUAGCUCUUUGGCUCUUUUGCAAACCGUUAGCGUGUUUGGAUUAACUUCUCUUUUAUCUGGAUCAAUUCUGACUCAGAUGAUAAUUUUGUAAGCUUCUGGUCAGUUUUAGAUUCUGAAUCAAUUGUAGAAGGAUUUUCAAACAUGUAUGCCGUGUUUUGUUGCAUUUCCUUUUUUGUACAAAAGCUGGUAAGGUUCCAAGGUUUGUUAUAUAUCUAGAUGCUAGGUAGAUUCAUAUAAGCUGAUAUCCCGUUUUGUUUUUGGGGUUUUUUGUAACCUACCACACCCUAUGUAUCUUAUGUAACCUAUAAUUAAUUAUGAUACUUUUGCUGCUAGUGUAUGCUGACAUAGUGACAUCUGAUAUAAAAUGUUGGGGCCCUUUCCUAACAUGCG